AUGGCUCCCAUCAACAUUGUGAUCAUUGGAGCUUCCACCGUGGGCCUUACCGCAGCCCACGAUUUGCUGCGCGAUGCCCGUAACUUGAAUGCUAAGGUCACCCUGAUCAAUCCUUCAGCAACCUUUUAUUGGAAUAUUGCUGCUGCCCGUAUUGUGGCCAAGCCAAACGCUUUUCGAGCGGGAGAGUUCCUCCUUCCCAUCAAGGAGGCUUUCACUCAUUAUCCGGCGGAUUCAUUUGAAUUUAUCCCUGGAACUGCGACUGACAUUGAUGCAUCCUCCAACACCGUAUCCGUAACCCCUAAUGAGGGUGAAGUCAUGUCGUUGCCAUACGACCACCUCCUUAUCGGCUCGGGUGCCACCACUCCUGCCACCACUGGUCAAGUCACAGGUGACUCCAUUCCGUUCAAGCCCUCUGGGCGUGACGAUUUGAAGGAGGUCAUCGAGGCAGCUCAGAAGCUAACCACAACUGCCAAGAACAUUGUCAUCGGUGGAGCAGGCCCAGUCGGAGUUGAGUUGGCUGGUGAACUUGCCGAGGCCGCAGCAGAUAACUCCAGUGACGUUUCCAUCACGCUGGUUUCUGCGACAGACCGAGUCUUGCAUACACUCAAGUCAUCUGCCAGCUCUGCUGCAGAAUGUCAACUCAAGAAAAGACACGUCAAGGUGCUUACUUCCACGCGUGUAAUUGGAGUCGAGGCUUCAGGGGACUCCUCCUGGAUUGUCUCCCUAGACAGCGGGGAGAAGCUUACCACCGAUCUUUACAUCCCUACCACCGGCUUCAUCCCGAACAACAGCUUCAUUCCGGAGCCUUUCCUCGCCACCGAGGGAUGGGUUAGAGUCGACAAGGAAUUGCGCGUGCAGUCCUCAGAAAGCUCAGGCCCUUUGCCGAUUUAUGCGGCAGGUGAUAUCACCACCAACUGGAUUCGUCUUGGAUUCAAGGCGGCUGAACAGGCUCAUAUUGCGGCCCAUAACAUCAAGGUGGACAUUCUGAAAAGGGGCGAACGCAAGUCUUAUGACCAAGGCGAUGGUGUCAAUAUGGUCGUUCCAAUUGGUUCGAAUGGUGGCACUGGACAGGUCUUUGGCUUCGUGCCAUGGGCCUUCAUGGUCAGGAUGAUCAAGGGUAAGGACAUGUUCUUGUCCAAGGCCCCAGAUUACCUGGCUGGCAAGGUCUAA